GUAUGAACAAGAAUUCCAAUCCAACCAAGAACGGACCCAAAAGUCAUUGGAUGAAGCAAGAUCUGCAGCGACGGCCAAAUCGAUGUUCAUUUCGAACGUUAGUCAUGAAUUACGAACGCCAUUACAUGGAAUACUUGCUACAGUUGAAAUUUUAGCAAAAACACAAUUAAAUGAAUCUCAACGUACACUACUUAGCGCAAUUGAAAGUUGCGGAACAAAUCUAAUAUCGGUAGUAAAUCAAGUUUUGACUUAUGCAAGAAUCGAACACAAUAAAUUGGAACUGGAACAUAACGUUUUUGACAUAUAUACUGUUAUGCAAGAAAUAGGAGAUGGUUUGGCGCCUAUACCAGAAAGUAAAAAUUUGGACUUUUUUGUUUGUGUGGAAGCGAAUCCCUUACAAAGGUUUCUUGUAGGGGACGUUGGUGUUUUGCGUCAAAUUAUUUUGAAUCUUCUCGGAAAUGCGAUAAAAUUUACCGAUAAGGGAAGAAUAGAAUUAGUUACAAUUGAAAUAACCGGUGAAAGCAAAAAAGACGGACAAGAACAAUUAAAACGACAAGUGAUAACAUCGAAAGAGUUUGAAACUAUAAAAAAUUCAUCCGCUUCUGUACAAAUUAAUUCUCCUGGGCAACUUUCUGAAAAUCAAAAAGAUAAUAUUCAAAAAAGUCCUAAAGCUCAAUUUAGAAUUAAUGUAAACGAUACAGGACGGGGUAUUGCACCUGAUUUUAUAUCUCAUAUGUACCAACCAUUCUCACAGGAAGAUUCUUCUUUAAAAAGAAAAUUUGAAGGAACUGGAUUAGGUCUUAGUAUUGUCAAGGGCCUUCUUGAUAUGAUGCAUAGUCAACUUGAAGUUGACUCAAAACUUGGACAGGGCAGUAAAUUUUCUUUUAAACUUGAAUUACCAAUUUCAGAUCGCCUUGACGAUAUGAACGCUUCACCCCUUCCAUUCGAUCAUAAAUAUCUGAAACUUCCUCCAUCAGAACAAGAGAUGUUAAUAAAAAGGCUUCGUUCCUUAUCAUAUGUUAUCUUAAACGUUGAAGAAUUUUUACUCUCACAAAAAAUAGCACAUUAUUUUGAUCAAUGGGAGUUCAGUUAUAGAUUAUUAAGUAUAGAUAAAUUGAAAUUUGAAUGUACAAAACAACACGCUGAUGUUGUUAUCUUGAAUGAUAACAUUAAUGAUUUAGAAUUGUUCUUAAAUGAGUUUAUACAAUAUUACCGAAAGCCAAAAAAUAUGGGAAUAGAAGAGGAAAGUAUCGACAGUGUUAUGAAAAAAAGACAACAUGUACUAUUUUUUAGUACAAUAGAAAAUUAUCAACAAGCUGAAACUCUUUUAAUGAAAUAUAAGCCACAAAGUGUUGAAAUCAUAACUAAACCUGCAGGUCCUGUUAAAAUAUUAACAGCAAUUAUAAAAACUAUUGAGUCUUCAUUUAGUAAGUAUGAUGGCAUUAUGAAAACUCAGGAAGAAAAGAUCAGAUCAAUCAGAGAAGAAUAUCUUGAUUUUAUUAAAAGCUCAAAUAAUCAUAAGAUCAGUACGAUGGAUAUUGGACCAAGUGGGGAAUUAACAAUAAGUCCAAGUAGACUUACGCCACCCGCAAUGAUUGAAAGAAUUAUAUCUGAAGUAAGUGGAGAAGAUAAAAAGACUUUUUUUGAUCAAGAACAAUUAAAGGAGGAAUCGAGUAUGCAAUUAAAAACUAAAGGAGUCAAGAAUAAAUACAAAGAAGAAACGGAGAAAAAAUUACAAAAAAGUCCAAAGGAUAUAUCAUUUUUAAUAGUUGAGGAUAAUAAAAUCAAUGAGAUGAUUUUAACGACGAUGUUAAAACAAUCGGGAUAUUAUAAUUACGAUAUUGCAAAUAAUGGUCUUGAAGCUGUUGAAAAUUUUACAAAGAAAUCAUAUGACAUAAUAUUUAUGGAUCUUCAGAUGCCAAUAUGUGAUGGCAUUGUAGCAACGAAAGAAAUACGGAAAAUUGAACGUGGAGAAGAAUCAUAUUUAUUGCAAUCACAUACCUCAAGUCCAAAGUCUCAAAGUCCGAGUGAUACUUCUGCGGAAGGAACGUGUAAGAUUGGUAGAAGACGAAGAAAGAAGGCUAUAAUUGUUGCAAUGACCGGACUCGCUUCAGAUGAGGAUAGCCAAGCCGCGGAAGCAGCUGGAUGUAACGAAUUUUUGACAAAGCCAGUAUCGAUAAAAUCUUUAAACGCACGUAUGGAAAGUUGGACGAAAGAAGCAUUAAAGGUAGAUGAAGAAGCGAUAUCAUCAGAAGAAAAAAAUGAUUAAGACGAACAAGAUUCUGAAUGGUGAUAAAUUUCUCGUGAUUUAUUUACAAAUUUAUACAUAAACCUGUCAUAAAUACAAAAUCAUAAGUUAUUUAAAGUUUUAUUACAUAAUGUGUAUAAUAAUAUAAUCUAGAUGCAAAUUGAUGUAAUUUGAUCAUCCCACGCGAGUAAAAAUUUCUCACACUA